AUAUGAUAAAUGACAAGAUUAGUAGGUAUAUUAUCAACUCCAUGAUUGUGAAAGAUGUUGGUUUAGUUGAAACUACUAGCUUUUUGAUUAACCAACUACGACCAAGCAUUCAUGAAUGUUCAACCAGUUCUCUCUUAUGUUCACAAACCAAUCUAACAAGAUGAAACAAACUGGUGCUGCAAAGAGGAGUUCUUACCUUUAUGUGCUAUACGUUGUAAUCAUUGUUCUUCUCUUAUUUCUUCUCGGAUGCUAUCUGUACAAUGAGAAACAGAGGAUUGGUCAGUUUCAAGGAUUCAAGACGGAUAACCUACCAGAAGAACACAUCAGUCCACUACAACAAAGCAAAGAAGAGAAAGACAAGAAGAUCGACCUGGUGGCUUUAAAAGUAUGUGAUGUUUUCACAGGAAAAUGGGUUCUGGAUGAAGUUACACAUCCGUUGUACAAAGAAGAUGAAUGCGAGUUUCUCUCAGAGUGGGUGGCAUGUACAAGAAACGGGAGGCCAGACUCAAAGUACCAGAAAUGGAGAUGGCAACCUCGAGACUGCUCUUUACCAAGGUUUGACGCAAAGCUGCUGCUAGAGAAACUCAGGGGAAAGAAACUAAUGUUCAUUGGUGAUUCAAUACAUUAUAACCAGUGGCAGUCUAUGGUAUGUAUGGUCCAAUCAACCAUUUCCUCAGGCACGAAGACAUUAAGCCACACAGCACAAAUGUCAAUCUUCAAUACAGAGGAGUACAACACGACCAUAUCAUUCUACUGGGCACCUUUCCUAGUCGAGUCAAAUGCUGAUCCUCCAGACAAAAGAGAUGGCAAGAGAGAACCAAUAAUCAUGCCUCGAUCAAUCUCAAAGCACGGUAAGAACUGGAAAGACGCAGACUUCCUCGUUUUCAAUACUUAUACAUGGUGGACCAGACAUUCCAAGAUCAAAGUUCUAAGACAAGGAUCUUUCACCAACGAGACAAAAGAGAGUAACGAAGUUGGUAUCUAUAUAAUGUACGAAGAAGUACUACGGACAUGGACAAACUGGCUAGAACAAAACAUUGACCCAAACCGAACAUCUGUCUUCUUCAGCAGCAUGUCACCAACUCAUGUCAGGAGUUCAGACUGGGACGUUAAUGGAAGAGCAACCAGAAAGUGCGAGAAAGAGACGGAACCUAUACUCAACAUGUCGAAACCAGUAGAUGUCGGAACAAACCGUAGGCUUCGGGAAAUCGCAGUGAACGUGACUAAAUCCACCACAAAAGUGCAUGUAACGUUCCUCAACGUGACGACCAUGUCAGAGUUCAGGAAAGAUGCGCAUACCUCCUUUUACGGGUCGAGAAGUGGUAGUCUCUUAACUCCGGUGCAAAAGUUGGAUCCAAGAACCUUUGCUGAUUGUUAUCACUGGUGUCUUCCAGGCUUGCCUGAUACAUGGAACGAGUUGCUCUCUCUGUAUAUCAUCAACAAAAGUUAAAUCACUUCUUUGUGUGAACUUCUCAAGUUGGUUUAUUAAUUGAACGUGCAAGUUAAGUUUUA